UGGGUGGUAGAGUCUUCCAGCUCUCAGCAGUGGAACGACUCCGCCAGCCGUGGCGGCCGCCUCUCACCCUCCCACGUCCCGCUCUCAGUUACCGUCACUGCGCUGCUGAUGCACCGAGCCGCCAUCACUCCCCGUCCACCUCCGCCGGGAGCUCCUCUUCUCACCAGGACUUCCCUGUCAUCAUAACCGCGCACCUGAGAACAAGUCGCACACUCACAAUAAGCCACGCAGUAGUACUUUUUACCUUUCUGAAUGACGGGCGGGCGGUUCGACUUUGAUGAUGGUGGCACCUACUGCGGAGGAUGGGAGGAAGGCAAAGCCCACGGCCAGGGUGUGUGCACCGGACCCAAGGGCCAGGGCGAGUACUCGGGCUCCUGGUCCAACGGGUUCGAGGUGGUCGGGGUUUACACCUGGCCCAGUGGGAACAUUUAUCAGGGCUACUGGUCGCAAGGGAAACGCCACGGACUGGGCGUAGAAACCAAGGGAAGGUGGAUAUACCGGGGAGAGUGGACCCACGGGUUCAAGGGCCGGUACGGAGUCCGGCAGAGCCUGAACACACCGGCCAGGUACGAGGGGACCUGGAGUAACGGACUGCAGGACGGAUACGGCGUGGAGACGUACGGUGAUGGAGGUACAUACCAAGGUCAGUGGACUGGGGGAAUGCGUCAUGGCUAUGGCGUGCGUCAAAGUGUUCCAUACGGUAUGGCCUCCGUCAUCCGUUCACCUUUACGCACCUCGCUGUCUUCCCUCCGCAGCGAGCAGAGUAACGGUACCGUACUGCGUGACAGCCUGUCCGACAGCCCUGCUGGUACACGCGGUGGCUUUGUACUCAACUUCCACUCAGAAGGGGACUGUUCAGAGAAGAAGAAAGGUCUUUUCCGUCGGGGGUCCCUCUUUGGGAGCCUCCAGCGAUUGCGCAAGUCUGACUCACGCUCGUCCAUUUCCAGUAAGCGCAGCUCAGCGCACAGUGACACCAAUAUGAGCCGCAUCAGUUCAAGCGAUGCCAACUCCACCAUCAGCUUUGGAGACGGUGACCCUGGCGAUGACUACCUGCCUCUUGAGGACAACGUGGACGCCACCACCACAGAGUCCUACAUGGGCGAGUGGAAGAACGACAAGCGCAGCGGCUUCGGUGUCUCUGAACGCUCCAAUGGCAUGAAGUACGAAGGGGAGUGGCUGAACAAUAAGCGACAGGGCUACGGCUGCACCAUCUUCCCCGAUGGUACCAAGGAAGAAGGGAAGUACAAGAAUAACGCUCUGUCCCGGGGUAUCAGGAAGCAGCUGAUCCCGCUGAGGAACACCAAAACCAAACAGAAGGUGGACCGAGCCAUCGAGGGAGCGGUGAGAGCAGCAGCCAUUGCUAGAACCAAAGUAGAAAUAGCCAUCUCCAGGACGUCCCAUGCCCGGGCCAAAGCAGAAGCUGCCGACCAGUCGGCCCAGUCAGCCAGUCAGGACUCUGAAAUCGCCAGAGCUGUGGCCAGAGAACUCUCCCCGGGCUUCCACCAGCCAGGCCCUGACUACAUCCGGCAGAAGUAUAAUGAGCCAGUAGAGGUGAAAGAGGUUGCUGUGGAGGAGAAAAAAGAGAAAUCUCCAUCAGGGAGCCCUCAUUUCUACCGGAAAGGCACAACACCCAACCACUCUCCAUCUCCCAGCCCCACUGCUUCACCCACUGUUGUUAAAAAUAGCAGAAAAACUGAAGCUGCGGUCGCACCAUCAAAGCCUGCUGGGAAAGAGAACAAAGCCCCGGCAGCUGAGUCUUUGACAGCAGGGAUAACAAAAGCAGCAUCCAAACUUUCUCUCAGACAGGAAGUGAGGCUACAGGAGGCUCCGCCUCCGGUCAAACCAGCUGUGACUGCGACAAUCAGUAGUUACCCCAGCAAUGGACAGAUUCACUCCCAGUACCACGGUUAUUAUGUCAAAGCAGAUGUCAAGAUUCCGCCACCUGAGGAUGCGAUUGGUGUGGAGGAUGAGCUUCACCCAUCAAGCCUGGCGCGUUUGCCGCCACCUACCAAACAGAUUUGGGCACCCGCAGCAAAAUCCCUCCCCCCCUCCGGCCCUUCACCUGUCCCACUAAAAGAGGCCACCAAAGCACCAGAGCCUCCCAAGCCAAAAAGACAGGAAUCAAGCAAACCCAAGAGCCUCUCAGAAACCAAGAAAGCGAGUAUGGAAACAGCUGAUGAAAUAGUUGAGGAGGAGUCGGGCCCGAACUCGAUCUUGGUGGCCCUAGUGAUGCUGUUAAACGUAGGUCUUGCAAUCAUUUUUGUCCAUUUCCUCACCUGACCAAAUCUGAUCUCAGUGGACUCAUCCAAACUAGUCGCCCAAGUCACUAACUCUCAAUCAGCCGAAGGGGUCUUUUAAGAAAAUGGUUCCCUUCAGAAUGGCGGACACAGGCAAAAUGAAGGACUGAAAAUAGCCGAGUGAAGGUAGAGAAGAGGGGAGGGGGGGCACAAGGAGAACUGCGAGAGGAAAAAGCAGAGAGAGAGAAAGAUGAAACCCCUCCAGCUCCCCCCUCCCCCCUCCCCCCCUCUGGAUGGACUGAAAGAUGCCCAAGUCCAACUUGAUUGGACUGGCGAUGAUUUGUGACUCCACUUAAGAGUGCAGUGAAAGCUGAAAUAAGCAGUCGCCGGUGUGGAAAUGGGCCGCCUUCCCCCGGAGCCCCAACUACGGAUGCUCGACCAGGCUUGGAAGCAACAGGAGGCCUGGAGAGUGAACUGACUGAGUGUGAGGCCUGGCACCUCCGCUGCCUGGGCUUGUCUGGAGCUCCGUUUUCAUCCGACUGUUCAGCAGAUUUGGUCAUUUUUGAAAUGCUGCAAUAAAAAGUUUGUGUGUUGUCCAGCUGAGUUGAAGAUAAUUUGUUUCCUAAAUGAUCCACCUGAGGAACAGAGAGCCUUUACCGUGUUGCCUUUGUUGGUCACAUGCCAUGAGCUACCAGUCAGAUGCAUCCCAUUUGAAUGGACAAUAUAUAACGACACAUUGGCAGGCUGCAGUAAUAAGUGAGCCCAUCUUGAACUGUACAACACUUAAAUUGAUCUUGAACAAGGGCUUGCGUUACUUAGUCUAUCAACUCCUUUCUGCUGCCAUCUGUUGCAUAACGUGUUGAUUAAGAAACUAGGUUUGCUUCAAGCGAUAAUGAAGAUGGUUUUGGAAUGGCAGAUGACCUUUCGUUGAAUUUGGAUCUAUUAAUACUAAACUCUCUUACAUAAAAAUUCACACACAACUAUUUGGAUGGAAACCAAGCUUGUGCAUAUGUCAGUGUAUCUGACACACAUGUCUGCUUGUGUGUGUGUGUGUGUGUGGGUGGACGGUGUACUGGAUAUGUUCAGAGAUGCACUUUGAGCUGAUGGAAGCCAACAGCUGCCUUACUAUUUCACGGAGUGACGUGGCGGUGGGUGAAAAGGGCCCAGGCAGGAAUGUGAGGCGCUCGGCUGAUUCUCUGCCAUGUCCUGGGAGAGUGGCUCUAUUUCUAUCAGUCUGUCUAUCGAUCCGUUUGGAUCUGUUUCUGUGGGUCUUAGUGUCUUCCUGUUUGAUGCUACAUCAGGUGUUCAUUUGUUCACGACAUUUGCAAAGCACAGCCUCGUAGUCUAACGACCGAAUGUCUUUUAAUUGCUUUUGACAUGGCUUUCACUUUCGAAAGUUUGUGUUGAACUAUGUUUCUAUAUUUUCAAGGUUUCAUAAGUCCUCAUUACCGUUUAACAAUGGCGUAUGGAGCAUGAUUAAAUUAAAUUCAUUUUAUUUUGUAUAUUUCCCAACAGACAAAACAAUCACAAAUUACAAAUUAUCCUCAGAGAGCUUUAGUCUGUACAACGUCCUUUAUCUCGAAACCUUGAUAUCGGCACAGCAAUAUCUCCCCCAUAAUGAAAAAAAACCCUAUGACAGGUAUAACUGUAUGAUAUCUGUAUAUAACAUCAGAUUAAUACAUUUAGAUACACUUGUUUAAACUAUUUGAACAUCUCCUGAAGCUCAACUCUUUGACGCUGUUUCUGGUAUUUUUUUUGUCGAUCACUUAAAAGAGUUAAUGUUAGUAAUGUUAAUUCAUACAUGUCAACAAAUCUACAUGUCAAAUCUCAUGAAUUUAUAAAACGAUGUACAUGUCUAACUACUGUAGGAAAGUAAAUUUGAUGAGGGAAAGUAAUAAGACUCAUUUGGGCGACGGGUCGGGCAAUGCUUGUAAGCGCUUUUUAUGAACCAUUUGGAGGUGUUGAAGCGGUAUAUCUUGAUGUGAAAGGGUGGAAUUGGGUUGAUGGAUAUGUUGACAGCGUGUAUGGUAAUUUUAGCAACUCUUUAACCACUAUUUAAUCUUUGCAAAAAACAAAUGUUUACCAUGAUGAUGGAAGUCUGGCCGGGUCCUUUUACCGACUCUGCUUAAGAAAAUGUAAACUUUCAUAAUUAAAACAGUGUUUGGCUUGAAACGUAAGGAGCUAACGCUUACUUUAACACUGUUAAAUUACCUGAAAUCAUUCCACAAUAAUUUGUAUUAAUAGUUUUACUGGAUAGUUAGGUCAGAAUUAAUAAUUGUGUAAGAAUACACUUUUAAAACCAUUUAAAAACCUUUAAACCGUUUGAUAUUUGAACAGGAUAUUCCACUAUUCUGCUAGCAUAAAGUUAAUGCCACUCAUAAACUGCAGGUUGUGCUCUUUAAUCACAAGGAUGUCAUUUAAUACAUUCAAUCAUGACCAUUGUAUCGGUUCAUUGCCACACAACUUCCACCCAGGUAAACAAUACAAACUUGAUAUUUCAAUAUACAGUGAUAGAGUUACCUUGAUUGGUUAGGUAGACUUAACCGUACAAGUCUGCAAAGGCUAUGCUAACGUAAGCACAACAACAGAGGAAUAGAAUGCCAAAAACCCAACAUAAUCAUUUAAGCUAAUGUUAAUGUUAGUUUGCUAACAAAAUGAGCAUAGCUAGCUAGCUAAUCUGGUCAAAUUUAUGAUACCUACAUUUUGAACAUACAGUUAUAAUAAUAAUAAUAUUAAUAAUUUACCUUGGUGUUACUGGUGGAGGUUGUGUGGCUUGUUCGGAGUCAAACUUUUACAUACUUUUACAUCCUGAUGACGGAAAUACAAUAAAGAAUGUACAUAGUGAAUUUAAUACUUAAAUAAAGUGACUUAAAGUGUAUUGCUGUAUGUGUCCUACACCAUCCAGUGACACUUCACCUGGGGGCUAUUGCACAAAAGUAGAAUAAAGAUAUCCAGGAUAACUGAAAAAGCGCAGCUUGAUUUAGUGAGAUCCGCUCGUCGCGGCUUAAUCGGUUGCAGAUUUGCUGACGUAGACGCGUGCAGCAUAGCAGCAACUAAUCAUGGAAAUUGAAGCAUAUAUUAUGCAAAAAAGGAAAUACGGAUGCUCAAACGGAGAGAAAAGGCCUGGCGGACAAUCGCAGACCGACUGAAUGCUUUAGAGUUAAAAAAGAUCUGCUUAGUAGGGAAGUUGUACACUUUUUAAUUGCUUUUAAUAUGCUGGUUUUAGUGCUGCAUCUGUGUUUCUGUGCUAAAUGUGCUGGUUUUACUGUAAAGCAGUGGUCCCCAAACUAAGGCCCGCGGGCCGGAUACCACAUUUGGCCCGGCCCCUUGAACAAUACCAGGGGGGCAUUAUGAUUUUUUUUUCAGUCUGGCCACUCUAAUCCUAGACUAGCCCCUGUGAAGUAGAAGGGAAUAAUGGAGAAUAGGUUGAUUCAGAAUGCAGGUAUUUAACCUGCAGGGGUCAAACCAUUAUUUGUUUGUUCAAUGCUCUCAUCGGUCAAGAGGCGGUGGCGGUUAUUAUUUAUUUCAUUUUUUUCUGUAAAGAUCCCAGAGAAGAUUAUUUGGUUAUUUAUUUCAUUAAGUGAUUUUAUUUAUUUUCAUGACUUUUUUUUUGUGAAGAUACUGAAUUAUUAAUAUUUGGUUGUAUGUGGCUUUUUGGAAAACAAUAGUUAACAUUUAGGCACCCACUGCAAUCGUCACACUUUUUCUGACCCCGGCCCCCCCAGAGAAGGGAAAAUUAUCUGGCCCUCACAGGAACAAGUUUGGGGACCCCUGCUGUAAAGUGUCUUUGAAUAGUCUACCAUGUUAAGCACUAUACAAAUAAAAUGUAUUAUUUACCCUACUUUACCUUAAAAGUGAGCAGAGUGAGGGAAUGUUCCUCUAGAAAAUUUACCCUAAAGACUAGGCCUAAUUUCAAACCAUUAUUGAUGUGAGAAUAUGUUUUACAACCAUAUGCACAAAUCUCUAUAAGCUCUGUCUAAUUCUAAAUAUAUUUUUACAAUACAUGUUCAUACAGAACAAACAUGACUGGACAAAAAUAUCCUGGCAACCAGCUAAGAUUAAAUUUGAAAACAUUUAGCAGGCUGGUAAGUUUGCAAAUGGUAUGUAGAAAUUACUUACAACAUGCCUGCUCAUAUAUUUUAUCUAAACUUUUUUUAAAUCUAAUUCAUGUUACCUGCAACCUUGUGGGAAUCCAGGAUUAAUCUAAGCCUGGCUGUUAGCCUGCUCCAGUUGUAAAGAAUGAAUCUCCAUGCUUGUUUGGCUGGGUUUAAUUCAACCUGCUUUCGUGUAACCAAGUCAAAGCUAAAUUCAUACCAAGAUAACUUGGAUAUCCCGGCUUAAUCCCUUAUCCUGUUGUCAUGCAAUCGCCCCCUGGGGGGUAUUGCACAAAAGUAGAAUAAAGAAACCGGGGCUAAGUGAUAAAGCGCCGCUUGACUUAGUGUGACCUGCUCGUCGCGCCUUAAUCGGUUGCACGUUUGCCGAGUCGCGCUGAGAAGGAGGCGCUGAGUCGAUCCAGGUGCACAUAUCUGGAUAAGUGCACGUCCACGGCUUUCUUAAGUAGACCACGCUAUCGAUCACAGAUUUACUGAUGCAGAAAUGGAGAAGACGCCGCGCGCAGCAUAUUUCUCGCCCACGAGUACCUUUUUUUCUUUUUCUGGAGUUGGAAUCCGUUAUUUGUGCAGACUGCUGGCUCUAAAGCCUGCUCUCACUAUCCCACAGAUGGUCUGUGUGGCAUUGCGCUUUUUGGCAAAGCGGCAUGUUUUAUAUGCCGUGGGAGAUGCCGAAACUGUAAAUAAAUGCACUCUUUGCCGUACAACAGCUAAAGGGUCUGAUCUGUCCCCAAACACCCUCUCACGUCUGAAAGCACGUCUUAAUAUCAGAGCUUCUUCAUCCAAUAGUUGAGUUAAAAACCAAACUGGUGACAGCACUAGUGACAAGUGAUUAAUAAAAAUAAAUCAGAACGCAUUCAGAAAACAUCGGAAUAACUGUUAAACCCGUUUGUUUCGGGGCAAAGCGGAAGCUGAUUUAACACAUGAGGCUGCAGGAUUCAUCUUAGCCUGCCUCUUAGCCUGGUCUGGAGCAGGCUAGCUUCAAAGAAUAAAUCGCCAUGGUUACUUGGCCGGGUUUAAUUCAACCUGCUUUCGUGCAACCAAGUCGGAGUUAAAUUCCUCCAGGAUAACCUGGAUAGCCCGACUUAAUCCCUUAUCCGGGUUUUGUGCAAUAGCUCUCUGGUGUCGGUAACAGGAGACACAAACACCCUGGAUCAACACGAGAACAUAAUGAAUAUAAUGCUUGCUGAUGCUUUUUCUUUUUUCAAACCAUAUUUGAUUAUAUAUUGGAAAAUUCAACCUUGUCAUGUAAAACAACUGCUGUCUAAUGCUUCACUUCAGGCCGUCCAAGUUUUUUGGACUUUUGGACUAUCCUAGGAAAGGCAAAGCUGUUAGAAAUGUUUGUUUUGAAGUACCAUUGUAGUCAUUAUAUUUUUGUAUUGUUAUUAUUAUUGCUAAACUAGCAGUUAAUGACUUUACUUUUCAGGUAAAUCAUAUUUAUUAAUGCUGAGGUGAUAAUAAAGAUUUCUCUCUUUUUUUGUCUCCACAAAAAACAGUUUGAAAAGAUGAUGUAUGUUGUUGCCUUUGUCACUUUUAACACAAAGCUAAAUAUAUAUAUUAUCACUUUAAUGCUUUUUUUCACAACAUAUUAAUAAUAAAUAAGCUUUAACCAAUACAAUACAAUGCUGAUUAAGGUAAAUAUUAUUGAUUUGGUUAAUCUCUUGUAUUUAGUUUCUUGAGGCAGUGUUGUCUGUACUUUAAAUUUGUGCAUGGGUUGGAUGGUGUUGAUAACUUGCCUUGUUUGAAAUAACUGCCGUGAUAUUGUCUUAUUGUCGGUAUUGGGAUACUAACUGAAACAUAGACAGUAGUCUGCAGAAAUGCAUGAUUCCAUAUCAAAUAUAGCAGAUUAUUUGCAUGAAAGGUUUUAACUCUUGAUUAAGUUUACGCUGGGCGAAGAAAAACAUUGUCUUAUAUCUAUCUCCACCCUUAAUGCUGGAAUGCUGGAUACGUCACUUAUUUUUCUCAUGAUGUGGUUGUGAUGCAUAGCUUACUAUGCAGAUAUUUUGUUGUUAGUUUGGAUGUUGGAGUAAAUUAUUUGAAUAAAGUAUUCAGUGGAUUUCAGAAGCUAAAGUCGGUAUACCAAUAAGGCUUCAAAAUGGAUUUUAUACUAAUAACUUAGUAAUCUUCACGCAUACAGUCUCUGAAAAUAUAUGUUCAACUUUGGGUCUACAAAACAAUGUGUUGGGCAACAGAAGUAGGUACGGGUUAAGAAAAGGUUAUGGCGUGGGUUGGGAUAAGAAUGUUUCUUACAUACAAUCUGUAUAUUUGUGAUGGAACCAGUUAGUAGGUAAAGAUUGACAUGGUCAAAGUGUGUCUGGAGAAUGACAAAGAUCAGUUUCAGGCGACAGAAAGCCUGCUGUGUCUCAUGCAACGAGUGCUUCUGUGCAUUUGUAUCAUACUAGCAUACUGUCUCUCUGGCAGUCAUUCAGGAAUUCGUUGGAAUAUACAGUACAAUAUUAGUAUGGAACCUUUUUGAAUAUGUAAACAGGCCGAUCUACGUCAGGCUGGACCCAUUUUUAAAUUAGGUUUUAAAUAUCAUGUGGUAUUCACACAAGCAAUAGCCAGGCAGUACUACUACGUACAUACUACGUUUUUUCACAUGAAGGUGACCAUGAAAGCCAUGAAUUGUGAAGGAGCAUCAAUAUUAUUAUUACUUUCUAAUUAAAUUUAUCAUGAAAAAAUACAUUUUUGUGUUGUUGAAUAGGGUUAUAGCUACAUUAUAUAUAUAUAUAUAUAUAUAUAUAUAUAUAUAUAUAUAUAGGUGAAAUGAGUAAUAAUUGUUAAAGCCAACAGUUCACAUGCAGCGGUAGGAAAGUCUCCAAAAUUGUAAAAUACUGUGGCUUGCAUCCCUCCCCUCUAGGCUCUGGUUUGCAUGCGUCCACAGGAAAAUACUCUCUUUUGAAAGAUCAUAAUUUUGGUUUAAAACUACCAACUACUAUUUGGCUCAGCAUUAUGGCCUUGGUCCGGAGCACCGUUAGCGCCCAGGCGGCAGGUCAAGCUGGCCGGGUGUAGAGCUCCUUGUGGCUGCAGGUAGUGAAGUGCUAAAGGAGGAAUAUUUAUAACUAUAUAGAUGUACUCAUGUAUGUGAAGGCAUACAUAUUAUUCCCCGGCAAUCCCCUCACAAUUCAUGCCAGACACUUCCAACGUCUGACCACUGGGUCUCUGACAUCAAGUCUGUACUUGAUGACCUGAUCUAAAAACUGCAUUAGACACACCUUCCAGCAAAGGCAUUUAAAAGUAUCAAAACAUCCAGCAUUGUGUUUAACCUCAUGCUAAACUCAUGGUUGCCACUACAAACAACCAAUGAUAUGCAGUGUUAAGGCCUUCUCGUGAGCAGCCAGUGUUUCCUCUUGUCACUGUGGCAGCAUGCACACAUCAAACAGACCAUGUUUUAAUGCAUUGCUAUAUUCAGCCCGCUCCUGUUUGGGCUUUCAUUUGCUAACCUCUGAAGAAGAAGACCUGGCGAAGGCGAAGGUGAUUUUGCUAUGAACUUUUGAUUGCUUUCUUUGGAAUGUGGGUGUUCCGAUUCAAGGAGAGAAACACUAACAACCUGCUCUACUCUGGUGUGGUAGUAAGAGGAAAGGAGGCUGUUGUUAUAGAACCAUGAAAGAGACAAUUGGAAUGAUGAAAUGGUUUUUAUUGAGGAGAACUGGGAAGUGGAGGUGAGAGAAACUUGGAUGAAUCUGGAAUGUUUUUGUGCUGUAAAGUAUAAUUUGAUCAUUCAUUUAAGGAGAGCAGGCCUGUGAUAAAUCUGAGUAACCUUUAAUUCGCAUAUAUCUAUGUUCCACCAAGCCUUUUUUUCUAAAACUGUCGUUGAAUGUAUUUUGAAUAUUUGCCUUGGUUGCUGAAUGCAAUGAACAACCUCGGCUGUUACUGGUGAUGCAUGUUGUUAUGCGUUAUGUUUCAUAACAACAUUUGUUUGUUUUUUGGCAGUUGUUUCUAUGGCGAUCAAUUAAAAAGCGGGUAUAGAUUCGA